AUGAGUAACAGGUCGCAAAAUCCUAAUCGAGUUUAUGGAGUAACACAGCCAAUUUCGAUGGCUGGACCUUCUGAAUCUGACAUGAUUAGAAAUCGGGAAUUAGAGAAGUUUCUAGCAGAUGCAGGACUUUUUGAAAGUCCUGAGGAAGCUAUCAGAAGGGAGGAAGCUCUAGCUAGAUUGGACCAGAUUGUUAAGGAUUGGGUAAAGCAUGUUAGUCGCACCAAAGGCUUAAAUGAGCAAGUUGUUGAAGAAAUGAAUGCAUUGAUUUUCACAUCCGGUUCUUAUAGGCUUGGGGUACACGGCCCCGGAGCUGAUAUAGACACCUUAUGCGUGGGCCCUAUGCAUGUUACUCGCAAUGAGGAUUUUUUUGGGGAAUUGCAUAGAAUUCUGGUGGAGAUGCCUGAUGUGCAAGAGUUGAAUUCAGUGCCUGAUGCUUAUGUCCCUGUCAUGAGGUUCAAACUUGAUGGCAUUCCCAUAGAUCUGCUUUACGCAAGUCUACCACUCCCAAAUAUACCUGAAGACCUGGAUAUCUCUCAAGAUUCCAUAAUACAUAAUGUGGAUGAGCAGACUGUUCGCAUUUUAAAUGGGCGCAGGGUUACUGAUGAAAUUUUGAAUUUGGUACCAAAUAUACAGAAUUUUCGAACUGCUCUAAGAUGUCUAAGAUUGUGGGCAAAGCGGCGUGGGAUAUAUUCAAAUGUGGCAGGCUUUCUUGGUGGUGUUAAUUGGGCAAUACUUGUUGCUCGCAUUUGCCAGCUAUAUCCCAAUGCCCUGCCUUGCACGUUAGUCUCUCGGGUUGUCAGAGUCUAUAACCUGUGGCAAUGGCCAAAUCCUGUUAUUUUAUGUCCAAUUCAAGAAGGAUCUUCAAAUGUCUGGGAUCCAAGAAGAAAUCGGAAAGACAGGGAGCACCUGAUGCCAAUUAUAACUCCAGCAUAUCCUUGCAUGAACUCUAGCUACAAUGUGUCAAAUAGCACAUUGCGAAUCAUGAUGGAAGAGUUUCGGAGGGGAAAUGAGAUUUGUGAGGCAAUAGAGGCAAACAAAGCUGUCUGGGUAACUCUUUUUGAGCCUUUCGCAUUUUUUGAAGCAUACAAAGAUUACUUGCAGAUAGACAUAAAGGCACAGAGUGGUGAUGACUUCAGAAAUUGGAAGGGUUGGGUUGAAUCUCGAUUACGUUUUCUUAAUUCAAUGAUUGAGAGAUAUACAGGGGGCAUUCUCCAAUGCCAUCCUUACCCUGGUGACUUCUCGAAUGAGUGUAGACCUCAUUGCUGCUCUUAUUUUAUGGGUUUACGAAGAAAACAAGGUAGCAGUCCUGAAGGUGGUAAACAAUUUGACAUACGGUGGAUUGUUGAUAAAUUUAAGCACCAAGUAUGUCAGUACUCUGCUUGGAAAGCCACAAUGUGGAUAAAUGUAUGUCAUGUGAGGCGGAAAAACAUUCCAGUUUUUGUCUUCUCUGGGGGAAUCCGGCCUUCCCAGCGAGCAAAAGUUGCUGCUCAGGAUUGCUUGGGUAAAAGAUUGCCUGGAAAUAAUUUUCUUCAUGCUGAUGAUGCUGGUAGCAGAAAGAGAAGAAAACAAGUAGUAGUUAAUCGUGGAGUUCAUUUGGAGGAGUUUUCAUCCCUGACUAGUGGGACUAGUACUGCAAGCUUGCAGAUUGAAGCAGGAGAGGAAGAACAAUCUGAAGCUGUUAUUGCUGACACCAUCAGAAACAAAAACUACCGCAAGAAUAUGACCAACCAUGAUCAGGAACCUGAAGGAUCUGUAAAGUGCAGAUCACCCUCAUGCUCAAAUCCAAAAGGUGCAUCACCUGUGGAAAAGUGGGUCACUGAUUCUUCUUCUGGGGAGAUUGUUGGUUUGUCAGAUAUGAAGACUGAAGUUUCUGGUGGAACUGUGGAAAGUAAUUCAUUUCAGUUGUCCAUGACGGAACCAGGAGUUCAAAUUCCAGUAGUAGGCGCUGGGGGUCGCAAUUCUUGCUCCAAAUCCCUACAGAAUGAGGGCUUGGAAGAGCUUGAGGUCUUGUCAGCUGAUAUUUCGUUCUUCUAAUCAUUUGUAACAGACUUUCUGCUGGCAAUUUGUCCCAUGUUUUAAUUCAAAAUUUUGGUUGGAUAGCUUGAUCAGCUCCAAUCUUCAUGCAUUUGAUUGUAUUCAUAUAUGUCCAUGAGGGUGUUAGUCAUGCAUUUGGAUUGAAAUUGGUGAAAGACGGGAGUUCAUAUCUA